UCUGGAGUACGGAGGGGAGGGGGGAGCCUGGAAACCGCCCCGUGUCCCAUUUCCUCCUCUUGUUUUCGCUCCGGAUUCUCCAUGUUGGACCCAAACUGAGGAGCCCGGAGCUGCCACCGGGGGAUCGGGGCCGGGGGCACCCGGGGGAGCCGCUGCCCGGGCCGCCCGCCCUCUGUAUAGGCCUCCUCCCUUCCCGGCCCGGGGAGGAAACAAGAGGGGGGAUGUGAACAGCUGUGGGAGUCCGAGUCUUGGGAGCCGGAGCCGGAGCGGGCCCCCGCCCAGGCCCCCCCCCCCAGCCCAACCCAGCCGAGCCUGCAAGCCCGCCGGUCCUCCCGCCCAGCCAGCUCGGGCCCGCGGGAUUGUUAGAUGGAACACGGCUCCAUCAUCACCCAGGCGCGGAGGGAAGACGCCCUGGUGCUCACCAAGCAAGGCCUGGUCUCCAAGUCCUCUCCUAAGAAGCCUCGUGGGCGCAACAUCUUCAAGGCCCUUUUCUGCUGUUUUCGCUCCCAGCAUGUUGGCCAAUCAAGCUCUUCCACUGAGCUCGCCGCGUACAAGGAGGAAGCCAACACCAUCGCUAAGGUAGGUGGAUGGGUUGUGCAGUUAACCCAUCCUGCGUCUAUUGCUUCCCCUUCGCAGUAUGGGCCAGCCAGAUCCUCCCAGGGUCAUGGGGCAGUGGGAGCUCCUCAUCCUUAUACUACCAAAUUGAUGUUAUUAACUCCUGCUUUCCAGCCAAUCAACAAUGCUGACUUCAUAGUGCCUGUAGAGAUUGAAGGGACCACUCACCAGGUGUAUGUGCUCAAGAGGCCUUAUGUGGAUGAGUUCCUGAGACGAAUGGGGGAACUCUUUGAAUGUGUACUCUUCACUGCCAGCCUGGCCAAGUAUGCUGACCCUGUGACAGACCUGCUGGACCGGUGCGGGGUGUUCCGGGCCCGCCUGUUCCGGGAGUCCUGUGUAUUCCACCAGGGGUGCUAUGUCAAGGACCUUAGCCGCCUGGGGAGGGACCUGAGGAAGACCCUCAUCCUGGACAACUCACCUGCUUCUUACAUCUUCCACCCAGAGAACGCAGUGCCUGUGCAGUCCUGGUUUGAUGACAUGGCAGAUACCGAGUUGCUGAACCUGAUCCCAAUUUUUGAGGAGCUAAGUGGAGCCGAUGAUGUCUACACCAGCCUUGGGCAGCUGCGGGCCCCUUAGCCCUCCAGCUUCCAAGCAACGGCCACCCCAGUAGGGGACUUUGCUAUACUGUGCCUUUCUGACCAGCCUGACGGACCAAGCAGAAGCUGGAGCACCUCACCAAAUGGGUCCUGGAAAUAGAAGUGAUUAGAAAGAGCUUUAGAGCAGGUUAGAUGUCAAAUGGGCAAGUCAGCCCAACAGUAUCCAGAGCUGCCUGCUCCCUGAGUUGGGCUCCUGAGAUUUGUGUGUUUAGUGUAUUUGGGUGGGUGUGUCUCGAGGAGUCUCCAGUGAGCAUCACCCCAGGAUAGCCAAGUGUUUCAGGGGGACAGGGGCUGAAAGAUCAAGACUCUUCGCCAGUUAGCUUGUCUCCUCUCCCAUCACCUGACAAGCCUCUGAAGACUAUUGCAGGCUCCAUUGCCAAACCAUGGCCUUUCCUCAGUGUUGUAGGCCUGUGCCAAGGAAAAAGGAAGGGCCAAAGGCUGCCUUUGGAUGCCUGGGGCACACACCUUUCUGAGAACUUUCUCCAGCCAGCUGCUGUAGACAAAAAGAUGCCAUUUCUGGAAGGAUGAGAACUUGUUUCCAGAAUCAGCACUCCCGUGGCCAUCGGUCCCGAGGCCUUAGGGGCUGCACUUGCUUCCAGCUGAAUGCCUGCCAUGGGCCCUUUCUGGGUCUCCCCAAGGCUCAGGCUCUGGGCUUGCCUUCCUCACCAACUAGCCAUAGUCUUCAUCCUAUGAGGAAGGAAGUCUUCUCCCUGCCCUGGCCUGGAAGAGGACAGAUAACUGAUUUCCGUUCCUUUAACUCUGUUUAAAAUUCUCUUUCUAAACAUGGAGUGGUGGGCCUGGUUUGUUUCUGGCAAAGCUGUACCCCUGGGAGUAAGAGGAAUGGAAGGUGCUGGGGUUAGGGUUAUAGAAAAGAGCAUGAAUGUUUGAGUCCUCUUGGCUACAUUGUAGAUCAGCUAAGUUUCUUCCCAGAAGUCUGCUCUUCAGGGAUUCUCUGCUGGUGCUGGCCCAAGGACAUCAUUCUGAAGGUGGGGAAGGGCUCUCAGCUGCCCCAGCCCCUCCCAUUGGGCAGGGCUCUUUCCUGUUGUGUCUUCCCUAGGGGUCUGUGCUGUGCCAAGCGCUGUUCCAGCCUUCAUCCUUCCAGCUUAUUGCUAUUCCUCUCCAGGGCCUCUGAACGCCUGCUUUUCCACGAUGGAGAAAGGAUGGGUAUUCUGUCUUUUGGUUGCCAACCCUCAACGCACAUGCCUCUCCUGCCUCUGGUAUCAAGAGUGAGUGAGCCUCUCAUAGACCUGCACUCUGGGUGUCUCUUGCUUUCAAAGGUUCUUAAUAGUAAAUGCUUUAAAAAAAAAAAAAAGUCAUAAGAUGAAAGUUUCCCCAGGAUGGAAAAUGAAAGGGGAAGUGCUGCUGUAAUUGGGAGCACAAGGGGCCCCUCAAAAGGGAGCCCUGCCUCAGCAUCACUGCCUUAAUCAUGGCCUCCCCACACCCCCCCAGGGCUGGGUGGGGGUUCUCCCUUUUCCUCCCUCCUUCUGGAUGGGAAGGGAUUCUGUUCCCAAGUCUGUUUUCCUUGGAGACAGGUGUUACAAAGCAUUUGUGAAUCGCUUCAGGUGCAGGUCACCACCCACUCAGGACUCAUCCCAUUAUCCUUUUUGGUUUCCACACACGGGGUCCAGCCUCAGGAACCACACAGUUUGGAGAAAGAAAAGCUGAGUUGUGGCACAGCAGCUCGACGGUAGCUGGCUGGCUAGCAUCUUUUCUCUUGCCUCGCGGUGCCACCUUCCCACCUUGUCCCAACGUUGUGAGGCCUUGUCUUUCUCUUUGGCAUCCCAGAAGUAGAACAGAGCCCCCCGAGUUCAUAUGGUCAUUUCCCCCAGCAUCACUGGGGUCCUACAGGUAAAGGGGACGAUGGCUUCAGGUGCUUACCAAGGAGGCUGACCUCUUGAAAGAACCUGGGAACUCACACCCUUAAGGCCAGCUGUGGCCUUAGGUUCAGGUCCUGGCUGCCACCCUUUCAGGAAAAGCCUCUGUCCAAGCCCAUCUCUGAGGGCUUGCACAAGUCUACCAUUUGGUCCAGCCAAGCUUUUCUGACUAAGCAAUAAGAGGCUCAAAGCUGAUUGAGUUCCAAGGACCUUCUUGCCCUCCUUUGGCUCUCCAUGUUUUUCCACAUGGAGGUAGAGCCUGUGCCAUGCCCUUCCUAUCCAGCUUGUCUGAGCUCUUGGAGUGUGACACGCGACCAAAGCCAGGGUGGCUUGGUUGGAGUGUCUUCUGCUGCUUCUGCAUGAAGCCCCUGCUUUUAUAGACCCUGCUGCCAUCAGCACCCUGAUUGCCACCUGCAGGUCCCUAUAGCAGUGCCAUCCCUACCCACUCUUUUUCCUUUCCCAGAGAAGCAACAUAGCCAAACCUAAACAGGGUCUAUGUGUGUGGACCAGAGCCAGGCUGAAGGCAUAUUAUUGCAGCCGGCUUCCUAGUUUUCAGGUGUUGGGGGCAAGAAGUGAUUGUGGAACUUGCUCCUCCAAGGAAUCAGGCAGACUCACUUUUGGAGGAGGGCAAGAUUGUGAAGGGAGCCAGUUCAUCGUGCAGUCUGCUCUAGGGCUUGCCACCAGCCCUUCCUGUUUGAAACUGGUCUUCAGGAGUCAGUAGGCCACCUGGCCUCAAGCACCAGCUUCAGCCCUGCCAGGAAUCUGCCCACCUUCCAGGUUCAGUUCUUUUAAGGUGCCUCUUCAGGGACACAGUGUGUCUCUCUGAUUGGGCUUCUCAGUCAAAAGCCUGAUGUUCGUGUCCCUCUUAUAGGGGGAGCUUUGGACACAGGACCAGUUUGGUAAAAGGGUCAAGUAAGGGUUUCCACUCUGCACAUUGUAGAGGGGACACUCUGUAGGCCCAUGGGUCCCUUAUUGGAGGAGUUGAAUGAAUUUACCUUCAGUUAACCUGGGACCUUCUGUUUAGCUCCCUCCUGCCUCCCAAAGAUUUUUUGUGUGUGUGUAAGUGGUAUAAACUCACCUUGUUAACAGUGGCCCAGAAGCUUCUUUAUAUUAAAAGCACGAGCGUCUCAAGGCAGUUGUUGCUUGGGAAAUGGAUCCCGUGCAGUUGUGCCACCCCUACCCUGUUCCUGAGGCCAGUUGGUAGGCAGCCCAUGUAGGGCCCCAACAGGCUGUGUAUGUGUGUGAGAGAAAGGUAAGCUCCUUUUUCCCACCCAGGGCUUCAGUGGGUUACUUAACCUCUGUUGUCCUUUAGUCGCUUUUUUUUUUUUUUUCAAUAGGGACUUGGUUAUGUCUCUUUGUUUUGUUCUUUCUGUUAAGCACCCGUACUAUCUGCAUAUUCAGCCAGGGCAGCGGAGGUCAGAGGUCUGUCCAGCUGCCCUCCUCCUCCAGCGUUUUGGGGUCUGUCCCUGGAGCAUACCCACUCCUUUGGUCCCUGAGCUCCUUUGCUUGUAAUCAACCCCAAGCUUGCUGCAUUUCCCUUUCAAGAUGCCAUUUGGAGAGGGAGGAUCUGCUUCCCACUGUGACUGGGCUAUGGGAUUCUGACUACCUUGCUUCAUGAUUUGAUAAAUUUGUUGUAUUCAAAAACUUGAAAUGUAGGACGCCAUUAAGUGUCUGUUUAUAUUUUUGGAAUAUUUGUAUUACUUACAAUUAAUUAAUAAAAGCAGGUUUUAAAAACCUA